CUCCACGUCUGCAAAUUCGGAGGGAACGAAGAAAAUCAGACGGUUAUCCAUCAUGAGCUCCGACCCGACGCCGAAACCCGAUCACUCCUCCGACUAUGCUCCAUACCCGAAGCUGGACCCGAAGGAUACCGCCCCUGUUCCACCCUCAUGGACGGGCAAGACGGCCUCCACCAUGCCCGCCGACUCCAACCCCUACGUCUCCCCUGCUCCCGCGCCCGGCCCCGGCUCUUCCGUCAAAAAUAGAAUGGAUGAAAUGAAAGAUGCACUUGGGAAAUGGAGAAUGAAGGCGGCUGAGAAAACAAAGAAGGCUGAGGAUCUUGCUGGAAAUGUCUGGCAGCACUUGAAAACCGGCCCCAGCGUGACUGAUGCUGCUGUGGGAAGGAUUGCUCAAGGAGCAAAGAUUUUGGCAGAAGGCGGGUAUGAGAAAGUCUUCAGACAAGCAUUUGAAACUCUCCCUGAGGAGAAACUGUUGAACGCUUAUGCGUGCUACUUGUCUACUUCUACUGGACCUAUCAUGGGCACUCUUUACUUGUCUUCUGCAAAACUAGCAUUUUGUAGUGAUAAUCCUGUUUCUUAUAUUGUUGGUGACCAGACACAAUGGUGCUAUUACAAGGUCAUUCUGCCAAUAGAUCAAUUGAAAUCGGUUAAUCCAUCAGCCAGCAAAGUAAACCCAGCUCAAAAGUACAUCCAGAUUAUCUCUGUUGAUAGUCAUGAGUUUUGGUUCAUGGGAUUCAUGAAUUAUGAUGGCGCUGUAAACACUUUGCAAGGUGCUUUGCAAGGAGUUCAUCCAUAGUUGGUGUUCCUUUCCUAUCAAUUCAGCUUAAAUCAAAUGAUGUGUAUAUUGGUGUUUGGCAUUUAUGUGGAAUGUGGUGUAUAUUCCAAGGCUACUCUACACUGGGUUGUUCUUCUCUUAAUUUAUUUUUAGUUGAAGGAUGAAGAUAAUUAGUUGCAUUUAUCUGUAUUGAGAAUAUUGUAUUAAUGGAAAUGAAAGUAUUACACUAUUACAUUUGA